CCGCCACCCGUGCACCACCCUGCCGCCACCAAGCCUCCCUCCGGCGACUGGCCUCCCUCCGCCUCCACCCGAAACUCGAGCUCCCCACUCUCCUCAAGCAGUAGCAGCGGCCGUACCCGACCUCCUCCUCAAGCCCGGCCCUCAUCAAGCAGCAGCAGCUGUUGGAUUCCCCCCGUCCCCGACCUCCUCCUCAAGCAGCAGUAGCAGCGACCAAUCUUCCCGACGUCCUUCUCCAGUAGCUGUUCCUGCUCCCUUUCGUCGACCCGCGUCGCCAGUUCAAGUUCAUCUGCUUGAUUUCGUAGAUGGAGAUGCGGAUGGGUUCUGCUCAGACAGGUGGUCACUUCCCAGUACAGCACAGGUCCCUCUCCUUGGAUAUCAAGGGCAACAAGACUGACAUUGUUAUCACCAAAUAUGAAGAUAACUAUCUGGUGAUUGUGACACAAAUUGGAUGCAUGGGGACCAUAUUAACUGCAAAGAAAGAUGAAAGUGUUUUCUCUGAUCCAACCUACAAUGUAUCUGUUCUUUUUGGAAAGAGAGAUGAGCCGCUCCUGCUAGCUUGUGCACGUCAACUUAUUGAGCAUAUAAGUAACAGUGGCUCAGCUCGACCUUUGGUGAUCUCGCUUGGUUUGAAGGAUCAUUCCCAGGGAACGCUGAAAGAUGUAAUUUGUGCCAUAAUUGAGAACCGUCUAUGGUGAUAACUUAGCUAAUGCUGAGAGGCACAUACAUGUUCAGUUCAUCUACAGAGAUGUUGACAGAAUAUACAGAGUAUCGGAGCAAAAUAAGCCCUCGCUUAUCAUGUAUAUGGACCUCUAAGCUUUUUGAAUUAGAAUUAAUUCCCAGUGCAAUUAUCACAACGUUCUUCCUGCUAAGUUGCUCAAUGAUCAAUAUUCGCGUAGCCUGAGUUGGGUUGAUUCCCCUGAAAAAGGCCCAUGUUUCUGAUUUACCACCGUGUAUAGCCAAGUCUCAGUCAGUUUGUAUACUUUAUCAUGGAGUAUAGGCUAUUGGUUUUGAUGACCCAUACUAGUUAAAUCAUAUAUGACGUCGCUGUUGCUCGUAA